AUGAAUAACUCUUAUUCGAAUGAAUGCUUGUUUUCCGAAAAUAUUGAUAUUUUGGAAGUAAGCCCUGAAAUAUCAUUAUUAUUUGAAAAAUGGGAGCUAUCGUCUGGUGCUAUAUGUAGACUUGUGAAUUUAAAAAUAAUUAGUAUCGAUAUUUUUAAAAUGAUGCAUUCUCAUGAUAUCGAUGAAAUUUUUAAUGACGAACAACUAUUGGUUGAUAAAAUAAGGUUUAGACACGGACUUUCACUGUGGCGUUUCGAAAAUAAUCUUGAUCCAAUCAUUUGUUGCCCAAAUUUUCAAGAAUCUCAAUAUAAUAACAGAAAAACGCUACCAUUAAAUAUAAUUAAUGAAAGCUGUAAUGUUCCAGUUAUCCAAUCUAAUAUAGAUAUAAAAAGUAUUCUUAUUAACACUGUGGCCGGUAAAGAUAUUAUUGAAAAAUAUAACACUACAAAAUAUUUAAGUGAUACUGAUCAAAAUGCUAUUGUCAAAAUAAUAGCUGACCAUUUUAUAUUAAAUACUAUAAAAAUGGAUCCAAAAAAAAUGGUGAUGUUGAAUUUGAGAAGAGAAAAAAAUGGCUUUAUUGGAACACACCAAAUGAUACAUAUAAUGACUCCGUGGAAGGAGACUUCAGUUAAACGAAUGAAGGAGCAUAAAGAAUCAAUACAGCAGUUUCUUGAUCAAUGGCCAAGAUACGGCGAUUGUAAUGGUCACGAGUUAAUUGAUAUUGACUUUUCAACCCUCUAUCCUGGCAAAGAAAUGAUAAUGUUUGAAAAAAUAGAGGACUUGGUGCAGAAAGUGACUAAACUAUUUUUUCCGUCGUCUAUAAAAGAUAAACUAAAUCAGCAAUAUUUUGAAAAAAUGAAAGUAGCAAGUGAUAUAAAUUGCAAGCACUUUUAUUUUUUCAACUUACUACAUGCUAUUAUUUUACCUCCACGGAUCAGUAAAAUAAGUAAGCCAUCUAUAACGGACGCGCAAGAAGAUAUGAUAACACAUAUUUUUAAUAUUAAUAAUUAUCAACAAAAAGUGGAUGAACUCAAGGAGUUAGCCUUAAGAGAAGGACUAACGUUUCAGCCGAAGGUUUUUGUUGUUGGUAAUUCUCCAGAAACUUUAAAAGAAUUUUAUGUGAAUUUAAAUAAUAUUCAGUAUAAAGUAGGAAGUGUACUUAGUGCAUUAGAUUUAGUUAUGAAAAUAUGUUUUUUUAGGAAUCAUAUUCGAAGACAUGAUGUCAAUUCACCUCUUGAUAUAAGUUGUAUUUCAUUGCCAAAAACUUUAAGAGCUAAUGAACUUGAAAGCCUAGCUAAAAAUUCAAUAAAUAAUGAAGAAGAGGAUAUUCAAGAUGACAGUAUCUGUAAUGUACCCAUACUUGAGCAAUUUCGUCUAAUAUAUCCCGAAGUGGUGUUUGGUGGUUUCUUGAAUUUAAGUGGUUUAUCAGUUCCCCAUGAGGUACAGAUACUUUUAAGGUUCGGUCCUAAAUAUUCACCUCCUACCGUUCCUGACAUUUCUUCCUAUAUGGUGGCCUUGGAGCGAUAUUACGUUGGCUAUGUUGAGCAUGGAAUGCUAUUAAGCAUGUAUGAUCGGGUUGAGUUAGAGUCACAUUAUUCUUUGUUUGUGGAUGCCAUGUUAAAGCACCAGAUUCCAUCUUUGCAUCAUAGGAUGCUGUCCCAUAUAUACCAGGUAACACUGGCUUUCUUGAAGAAACAUGAUGAUUUAAUUAUGGUUCAGGCUGAUAAAGGUUAG